AUAUACUGAAUAUCUUUUCAGGUUUUGGUUCUAUUUGAAUCAUUUGAUUCUAAGAUUCUAAUGAUGACGAAGAUCGUGCUCAUUGUAUUUGCUUUGAGUUGGAUACUCACUUCUACGUAUUCUCUUCCUUUCGUUGUCUUCCACGGCAUUGCAGAUAAAUGCAGUAACAAAGGAUUGAAACGAUUUACCAAUCUUCUAAGCGAGAUGUCCGGCUCUGAAGGGCAUUGCAUAGAGAUUGGGAAUGGAGCAUGGGAUUCUUGGCUUAUGCCUUUUGAGAAACAGGCCACACUUGCUUGUGAGAAGGUAAAGAAUAUUAGUGCACUCAGCGAAGGCUACAACAUUGUUGGUCUUUCCCAGGGUAAUAUCAUCGGCCGAGCUGUAAUUGAGCUUUGUGAAGAGUCCCCUCAAGUGAACAAUUUUAUAUCCCUUGGGGGCCCUCAUGCUGGGAUAGCUUCUAUUCCACUCUGUGGAUCUGGAGUUUUCUGUGUUUGGGUGGACUAUUUGGUUAAAUUAGAGGUCUAUAGUGACUAUGUACAGGAGCAUUUGGCACCUUCCGGUUAUAUAAAAAUCCCAACUGACAUUGAUAGCUACAUGAAAGGAUGUAAGUUUCUUCCUAAACUGAAUAAUGAAUAUAAAGAUCAUAAGAAUGCAAGUUAUAAAGCACGGUUUGCCAGUUUACAGAAUCUCGUGCUUAUUAUGUUUGAGGAAGACAAAGUUUUGGUGCCAAAAGAAACAUCAUUGUUUGGAUUUUUUCCAGAUGGAUCGUGGACUGAUGUUUUGCCCGCUCAAGAGACAGCACUAUAUAAAGAGGAUUGGAUAGGUCUAAGAACAUUGGACGAAGCUGGGAAAGUAAAAUUCUUAAAUAUAUCGGGAGGACACCUCGAGAUAACCACAAGCGACAUGCAGAAACUCAUAGUUCCUUACUUGGAAGAGACCAACACUUCUUCUGCUGCUGAUUAUUAUUAUGACAAAUGGUCUAUCAGAAAACUGGUUGGAGGAAUAAAGGAGGAAACCCUCUACUUGCAUAGUAUAGCUUCUGCUUAAAAAGGUAACAAAAACUAUAUUCUUCCCCCCCCCCCCCAUUGAUUUUCUUCUGCAAAUCUUUGGAAGGAGGAAUGAUUAUAUAAAAUAUUUAUUAUUCCACAUAUUGAAUGACUAUUUGUUUAAGUUAAGGUUAAUAAAAUUUUAAUUGUUGAUUUCA